UUUAUAUGUGACAGUGGAAUGCCAUUCGCUCUUAGAGAGACACUUGGUAGUAAGAUGCAGACCAAGCGGAGCUCCUGGACGCCACUAAACCACCAUCUGUCCAACAGCCAUGUCUUUGAAGAGAGGAAGAAUCUCAUAGGCAAGUGGUUUGAUAAGUGGUCCGAUAGCCAGAGGAAGCAGGUGUUACAGGACUUCUUUUCCCGUUGCUCCGUGGCCCAGAUGAAGUAUUUUAGACAGACUCUGUGCACUCAGGUGCCUGAGGAAGCGCUGGACUUUACCAGUGUUCUGCCCAGAGUCAUAUCGCUCUAUAUCUUCUCAUUCCUUGACCCAAGAAGCCUCUGUAGAUGUGCACAGGUUAGCUGGCAUUGGAAGAACCUAGUGGAGCUGGACCAACUCUGGAUGCCAAAAUGCCUGAGAUUGGGUUGGUGUAUAACGUUCACUCCAACACCAUUUGAGCAAGGUGUGUGGAAGAGGCACUAUGUAGAGACAGUGCAGGAGCUUCAUGUAAGCCGACCCAAGAUUCUCGACAAGGAGGAAUUCAUCGUUCCUGAGGUGAAAGCAAUCAGCAGUGAAACUGACGAGCCGACUCUGGAGAACGGAGAAUCGAGGCCCAGCGUGCUGAGUCAGCAUGGGCGGAGUUUACCCGGCUACGCCUCAGUGACUUCAGUGAAAGGACUUCCGCCGUGGAGAGACUCAGACAGACACCCCACUGACACAAUACGCUUUAACUACUUAGACAACCUCGACCCAAUCGAACAUGCAAGACAAGUACAAGCAAGAAGCAGAAGGACUAAUCCCAACACAACAAAAGAAAUCACACAGAAGAAAGCCCUGUCUGCCUCAGCAUACAAACGGUGCAAGGUCAAGUCGAUGAUAUUGUCAUCGCUGGAGCUUAGUGCAGACGGUAAGAGAAGGCAGAGCAGACCGCAGUGGGCAAUGCAGAACGUUGUGCCGUUCUCCAGUAAAGACCCGGAAAAGAGGGUCAGUUCAGUCCAGUGGAAUGCUGGGAUACGGCCAGGUCCGGUAAGGAAUCCAGUACCCAAACUGACUGAGAAGAGUCUCCGAGCUUCACUAAGGUCCCACAGGAGCACACCAACAGUGCUACUGGUUGAAGGACAAACUGACUUGGAGGGCACCAGCCUGAGGUGA